AUGGAAGAUGAUUCAGGAAACAACUCCGACGUAGAGGAUCUGUCCAAAACAUGGGGAUCCGACGCUCGGCCGAUUCAUACUCCGGUCGCUUCCGAAGAAGCCCAUACUGACUCGGAUUGCGGUAUUGCCCACCGUGUAUUGGCAAGCCGCUCUGUCUUGGCCUUGGUUAUAGAUGAUGAUUGUGUCUUUGCUGGUUUGCAAGGUGGUGACAUUGUGGCCUGGUCCCUGGAGACGUAUGACCACGUUCUAUCAGUUCAUGCUCACAAGGAAAGUGUACUCGGACUCUAUCUGUCCGAUGAUGGCAAUCUAUUAUUCUCAAGUGGAGGCGACUCCAUAGUCAAUGUCUGGUCAACGAGGACAUUUGCUCGACUGUACUCCAUCCACUCAUAUCAUGAUGUGGGUGACAUCUUCACGCUUGCGUAUGUCGCAAGCAACCAAACUAUUUACUGCGGAACGCAGAACACCAGUAUUCAGUGGUGUGAAUUGUCAGACGAGGGCUCCUCAAUUAAUCAAGCAUCAGUGGCGAAUCUGUCUCAACGGACUCAUCGCUUCUUUGACUCUCGAGGUCCGGAUGGAACUAAAGCCCCCGGGCCAUCGGAUGGAGUUCGCUCCGUGACAGAAGGUGGCCGAGUAUUGACUUUUAAGCGUGACCAUCACAAACUGUUUGCACACCACGGAUACAUCUACUCCAUGCUUCUGGUCAAGGGGUUGAUUGAAUCAGCUCCCUCUGAAGAAGCCUUGUUAACCGGUGGUGGAGAUGGUGUAGUGAAGCUGUGGCGCCUCGGCCAGGAGCCGGGAGCUGCACCGAACCAGAUAUCGAAACUACAGAACGGAGACCCGGUGCUGUCAAUCGCUGUAGAAGGAUCUUUGCUUUAUUGUGGCCUUGCAGGCGGGGCUUUGAACAUCUGGAACCUCGAUUCGCAGCAGUUGGUCAAGCGAAUCGUCCGCCAUACUGGCGAUCUAUGGGCGGUCAAUGUGAUCCAGGGAGUUGCAAUCUGUGGUGAUUCAACAGGAACAGUCAAGAAAUUCAACUCCCGAUUUGAGGAAGUCGGUAGCUGGGUCGCUCAUGAGGGUACCAUGCUGGCAUCAGCCGCUGGCCGCGUGAAAGACCGCCGCAUCUAUGCCUCUGGAGGAAACGACAAUACCGUUGGGAUCUGGGAUUUAACCGAGUUCUUCCUCUCCCAGGACGACUUGCCUCCCAUCAGCAACGACGAAAUGGUCAACACACUUGCCAAAUUUGUAUCUUUCAAGACCAUCUCAGCAAGCCCGAAGUUUUCUGGCGAGUGCAACCAAGGAGCUGCUUUCCUUCGCCGACACUGCAACUACCUUGGUGCCAAGACCAAACUACUGACUACAGGCCAAGAUACCAAUCCCAUUGUGUAUGCGCGUUUCAACGCUACCUCAACCGACAAUGUGAAUAAGACUAUUCUCUUCUACGGCCACUACGAUAUUGUUGGUGCCGAUACAAAUCGCCUCAAGUGGAAGUCAGACCCGUACCAACUGACAUCAAUCAAUGGGUUCCUAUACGGCCGUGGCGUAUCCGAUAACAAGGGUCCCAUUCUUGCCUCUCUAUACGCUGCGGCCGAUCUUGCUCGGACAAAGUCACUACGGUGCAACGUCGUCUUUUUGAUUGAAGGUGAAGAGGAAUCUGGAUCUCAGGGCUUUCACGAGACCGUCAGGGAGCACAAAGCCCAGAUUGGCCCGGUAGAUUGGAUUCUUUUGGCGAACAGUUACUGGCUAGAUGACUUCAACCCCUGCUUAACCUAUGGACUGCGCGGUGUAGUGCACGCCAACUUGGUUGUGACAAGCGACCACCCCGAUCUUCACAGCGGUAUCGACGGCAGUGCACUGCUAGACGAACCCGUCAAGGACCUUUCCCUUCUGCUCUCGACAUUAGUUGGCCGAAAGGGCCGCAUCAACCUACCAGGAUUCCACGACCCGGUCCGCCCGCUGACGGGAGCCGAGCAGAAGCGGUUCGAGGCCAUUUCUGACGUCCUGCUACCCCAACACCCCGAGAUCCCAGACAGCCAGGCGCUGAUCAAAUCGCUGAUGUACCGAUGGCGCGAACCUUCUUUCACUGUUCACUCGAUGGAGGCCCCAGGAAAAAGCGGAGCAACCACCAUCGCCCGACGAGCCAAGGCCAGCCUUUCAAUCCGCAUAGUGCCAGAUCAGCAAGCCGACGACGUAGCAGCGAACCUAACUGCAUUCGCCGAAGAGCAAUUCGCACUACUGGAAUCACAAAACGACCUAACAGUUGAAAUCACCGGCAAAUCAGACCCAUGGCUCGGAGACCCGGACAACGAGAUCUUCGCCACUCUAUCCGAAGCAAUCACCGCCGCAUGGGCUCCCAGCCAGCAACCUUCAAAACACGACUACCCCGUGCCCAAGCCACUGGUAGUAAGCAAAGGCCACGCAGCAACAAGCAAGCCGCCCAGCAACCCCGCCGCCAUCUUUCGCAAGGAUUCCUCAGAUAGUCUCGCCUCUCACGUCGACCGCGUGAUAACAUCAACAACAACCAGCUCAGCCGGAAAAAAUGCGGCCAGAAAACACUCUGCCCAGUCAUCAGCUGCAGUCCCAACCUCUUCAACCCUCACCAAAGCCACAACACCAACCGAUGAAACAGCUCCGCUACCUCCUCUAUCACCUACCAGCACUGACGCCGCUGCUCCAGAUAGCACUGAACAGAAGAGCGGCACACAGAGCACUGCCACCACCUCCACCACCCGUCCAGCUGUGAAACCUAUCUUCAUUCGUGAGGGCGGGUCCAUCCCAACUAUCCGCUUCUUGGAGAAGGAGUUUUCAGCUCCGGCUGCCAAUCUGCCUUGUGGACAGGCUAGUGAUAAUGCCCAUUUGAAUAAUGAGCGUAUGCGCGUGGAGAAUCUGUAUAAGAGUCGAGAGAUCUUCCGUUAUGUUUUUGCUAAUUUGGUUGAUAAGACGUGA